ACUACAAAGGUAACUGUAAUAUACAAUACUUUGCUUACCAUUAAUUAGUCAAAUAUUAACUUAUUAUCUGUUAGGUUAAUGCUUCUCAGGAGUCAUCAACUAGAAGUACAAGAAAAAGUAGUGUUCAUGACACUCAAGAUGCAUCUACAAGCAUGAGAGGGGGCAGGACUAAGUACAAGAGGCCAAGGGUUGUUGGACAGGGUGUAUUUGUGUCUGAGUCUGGAUACAAAUGUGUUAAUCAAGGAAUGCCUAGCAGCAGGUUGGUGUCCACACCUAAGGCAAUGAAUUCAGCCUUGGUCACAGGUUAUAUUGGAUACAAACCCAGCAAAGGAUUGAAGUGGAAAGGAACAAAAGCAGUUACACAAAGACAACUCCAAGUGCAAAGUGCUAAUCAUAGAAUCCAAACAAGAUCAAAGGCUUAUAGAGUUCAAACAAGAUCAAGAAAAGGAAAAUCUCCAAUGAAGUAGUCUGAUAUUUCUAUGUUUAAGCUAGCUAUUUUUGGUGAAACUUGGAUAUGUAAGCAAACAAUGUAGC